UCUUUCAUGGUCAUUCUCACUUCCGCUGCUGAUUUCUAGUCAACGUAAGCUUCAGUACUGUUGUAAACCUGCGUGCGUGUUAGGUUCUCUGUACUUUCGCCUGUUCAAAUACAAGUAAACAAACGACAUACUGUAUACGAGCUCUCAAAGCGCAAACAUACGGUAAGAACAACUGUAUAUGAACUUUAUACGGCGAUCCUGCUCUUUUAAAGAAGAAUGAUGACCGUUUUAUCCUGUUUGACUGUGGUCUUAUUGUUUCAUAUCGUCUGCGUCAGAACAGAGAAGGUUCCAGCCCCUGAGAAUGUGAGAGUGAUAUCUCUGAACAUGGGACUAGUUUUGGAAUGGGAUCCACCACAAAGCACCAUGUAUAAACCCUUCACCUACACUGCUGAAAAGAAAGGAUGGGAUAAGUAUGAGCCAGUAUGUCUAAGCAGCUCAUCACUGAGCUGUGAUUUCACUGAUAGCGUUUCCAUUUUUGGAACUUACCAACUUCGUGUUCGGGCAGAACUACAUGGAGAGACUUCUGAUUGGGUGAAAACUAAAGAGUUAACGGUGGAUUUAAUAACUGAGAUUAGCGCUCCUCAAGUAGAACUCAGAAGCAGAAAAGGACAAAUAGAAGUUGAUAUCACUGAUCCUCCUAUGAAAAAAAGGAAUUUGAGGGAUGUCUUCAGCAAUAUUUCCUACCUCAUCCGUUUCUGGAAAAAAGACGAAACAAAAAAGGAAGAACUAAUAACAGAGCAGGACAGAGUUAUGUUACCAAGACUGGAGCCUCUUGUAAACUACUGCGUUGAAGUAGAAAUUUUGUACUUGAAAAAUAAAUCAAGUCAGUCCAGCAACAUAACCUGUUUAACCAACACACCCAGCAAUGAAGUAGAGUCCUGGCUUAUUGCAGUUGUGCUCCUGGUCAGUUUUCUGGUGGUGUUAGUCGCUGUUGUCCUGAUCUUUCUGGCUGUGUGGUAUGGCUACAAAGGAUUCAGAAUUAUGUUCCCUGAUGCUGACCUGCCAGAGGACCUAAAAAAGUUUUUGUCACAACGGUCCCAGUCUUCAAUACUUCAGGCAAUGCAGGAGAGCACGCUGAUGAAGGAGCACUUUUGUGAGCUGAGGAUAUUGCACAAGGAGCCAAACAGCUCUCAGGACAAUCAGUGGAUAGAAGGACCAAUCGGGAUUCAGACACAUAAGAAUGAGUGUUGUAUAGGAGCCAAUGUAAAACAGAACAAUGAGGAGAAAUCUGAAAUGAUCAUCAUCACAACAGAACAGAAACCCUUGCUUGCUGAAAUAAGACUGUAGUAAUACCAUUUCAUAAUCAGUUAUUAUUGUUCAUUUUGCCAAUUUAUACUAUUCUGUGAAAUUGGCUAAAUAAAUAAAUAAGUAAAUAAAAAUAUGGUCAAGCUAUUAAAGUUAAACAUGUCAGCCAUGGCUGGGCUGACAAUGUUUUUGUUUGUAUGUUUGUAUUUAUUCAAUCUUCAUUUUGAUUAACCAAUAUUGAUUCUUAAAUAAUCUUUAAAAACCAUUCAGUUAUCGCAAUAAGCUUUGUUACAAAGUCCCAGCUUUGAAAUUGUCAACUGUAUAACAAAAUUAAAAUAAUAAAUGUCAUAUUGGCAUAUAAGUUUAAUAAAAUACAGUAUACAUCUCUCUA